AUGGGCUGGCUAGGCACAGGCACUGUUGAUGUCGCUAACAUUAGUCUACAUGCCAAUGUGGGGGAGCUCAUAGGCAGGGAUCUAGGCAGAGUUACUUUAGCGACUAGUGAUAUUGGAGUCUUGGGUAAAGAUGCAAAGAUUGUGGGUGGUGGCACCAUCAACAGAUAUGAAGCAGGAGUCCCUCAUGUAGUGGGCAACACUGAAGAGGCCUGGGUAGAGGACGUCCAUGGUGCGACUGGUGGCUCGCUUCACGAGGAGAGCGGCAAAGUCCUAGGUGGUGUUGGCAAGCCAGAAGUUGGGAGACUAGCCAAUGGUACCCCAGGCGAUGGCGAUAAAGGCCAUGGCGAUGCUUAUGAAUUGCUGGGCAGCGACAUUGGUGGGGAGAUAUUGUUGAGGCAACACUCUAGGUUAGCCAACAGAGCGUUAUACUAUGACAGACAAAUAUGUGCUAGAGCCGACGACGAUGUGUUGGCCAACGAUUCUGGGAGGUUGAGAUCCAGUGAAUAG